AUUAAUUACACACAAGAGUCUCUCUACCAGCCCCCUUUCCAUUCCACCUCUCACUUCUCUUCUCCAUCUAUGCUCACCAUUAAUACCAAACCAAAGUAUAGAUUUCAACACACACAAAACUGAGAUUUAUACACACACACACAUACACACAUCACUUGACUAAAAGGGGAACAACAACAACAUGAAUCUCAUCAACUCUAUGUUGUUACUUAACAGGCACAAACAAAUAUGGCUUUGGCCUUCUUGCAACAACCAUCCCAAAACCCUAUCUUUUCGAGUAUCGAAUGACGAAGAUUACGCGGUUAUAAACACUAACAAAGAGUCAUUGGUUGAAGCAGAAGUGGAGGUUACUACACUUGGUUCUUUUUUCACUAACUCAUCAGAAACCGCGAGUGUUUCAACCGAGUCAGAUGAAUGCUCGGCAUUGGAAACAAUUGUACGUGAAGCCCGGUCUGACCGCUUGUUUUUUGAACCGGAUUUGACAAGUUCUAUACUUGAAACUCAAGGAAGUGGUGGACAAUGUAUGUUGGAGGUUAGUGGUCAUGGUGAUGGUGGUGGUGGUGGUGAUGGUGGUUUGCCGUAUAAAGAAAGCUUUGCAAUGGUGAUGGAGUCGGAUAAUCCUUACGACGAUUUCAGGAAAUCGAUGGAGGAGAUGGUGGAGAUUCAUGGUUUGAAAGAUUGGGAUUGUUUGGAGGAGUUGUUAGGGUGGUAUUUGAGGAUGAAUGAGGAGGAUAAUCAUGAGUACAUUGUUGGAGCUUUUGUUGAUUUGGUUGCUGGUGGCGGUCGUGGUCGCGGUCGCGGUGGUGGUGGUGGCGGUGACGGUGGUGGUGGUGGUGGUUUGUUUGUUGAUCAUACUUUAGCUUCUUUUAGUUCAGCUGCUUCCACCUUUUCUUCUCCAACUUCAUCUACUAAUGGUAAUUAACUAUUAAGUUCUAGUAUAUGUAUAUUUUAUUAAUUAGAUAACCUAUGUCCUCAAUUAAUAUAAUUUACUAAUUAGUUACACAUUUAGUUGCUGAA